AAAAAUUCCACGUAAAAGAAAACCAAAACCUUUCAUUUCCUAAGAACCCUAAAACCAUUUCUUUCUCCAAUCUCUCAUUCCAACAAAAAGAAAAUGGGAAGCGGCCAAGCAGCAGCAUCCAUUCUCUCGAACAUAGCGCGUUUCGCCUUCGGUCUCGGCGCCGCCGCAACCGCCGUAAACUCCUCACUUUACACGGUCGACGGCGGCCAACGCGCCGUCCUCUUCGACCGUUUCCGCGGCAUUCUGGAAGAAUCAAUCGGCGAAGGAACACACUUCCUAAUCCCAUGGGUUCAAAAACCCUACAUCUUCGACAUCCGAACUCGUCCACACACAUUUUCUUCGAUUUCCGGAACGAAAGAUCUCCAGAUGGUGAAUCUUACGCUACGUGUUCUUUCUCGUCCUGAUACACAGCGUCUUCCUACUAUUGUUCAGAAUCUUGGACUUGAAUAUGAUGAGAAGGUUCUUCCUUCUAUUGGUAAUGAAGUUCUUAAAGCUGUUGUUGCUCAGUUUAAUGCUGAUCAGCUUCUUACCGAUAGGCCUCAGGUUUCUGCUCUUGUUAGGGAUAGUCUUGUUAGACGUGCUAAGGAUUUUAAUAUUCUUCUUGAUGAUGUCGCUAUUACUCAUUUGUCUUAUGGAGCUGAAUUCUCUAGGGCUGUUGAGCAGAAGCAGGUGGCGCAGCAGGAGGCAGAGAGGUCUAAAUUUGUUGUGAUGAAGGCAGAACAGGAGCGUCGCGCUGCAAUUAUCCGUGCUGAGGGAGAGAGUGAUGCUGCUAAGCUGAUUUCUGAUGCUACUGCUAGUGCUGGUAUGGGGUUGAUUGAGCUUAGGAGGAUUGAGGCUUCCAGGGAAGUGGCGUCUACUUUGGCCAAGUCUCCUAAUGUCUCUUACCUUCCUGGUGGGCAGAACAUGCUCAUGGCUCUUAAUGCACGUUGAUGAGGGGGCUCAAUCAUAUGGGAUCAUGGCAUGCUUGGAAAUGGUCUUGAGGCUCUCCUUUGUUUGAAAGACUUUAUUCUUUCUUACUUUGUACUUGUAGAUCGUAUCGCAUCUGAGAUUGAAUUCAUAUUGUUUUUUAAAAGUAAGUUAGAAAUGAAUUUGGAUCUUAAUGUUUGAUAAUUGCAGAAUAAGUAAAUGCAGAUUAUAAAAAGUGAGAACUGAAAUUGAAUGCUUUAUUGCUUGCAUGGUUUCA